AGGCUCCCCCCCGCCUUCGGAGAACCCAUUCGGACGGAGCCGGAAACGGACGAAUUCGACCGCAUCUCCAACUAUUCCCUCAUCCUCCAGAACGUGAUGCAAGGAUACGACAUCCGGCUCCGACCCAACUUCGGCAGAGAGCCCCUGUACGUGGGCUUCGAGAUCGCCAUCGCCAGCUUCGACUCCAUCUCGGAAGUGGACAUGGACAUGACCCUGACCAUGUACCUGAACCAGUACUGGAAGGACGAGCGACUGGAGUUCUCGACGAGCGACGAGGAACUCACGCUGGCGUCCGACUUCUCCCGUCGCAUCUGGGUCCCUGACAUCUUCUUCCCCAACGACAAGUACAGCUACCUGCACGACGUGACGGAGGAGAACAAGCUGGUGCGGCUGCACGGCGACGGCAGCGUCACCUACGGCAUGCGCUUCACGACCACCCUCUCCUGCAUGAUGGACCUCCACUAUUACCCGCUGGACUCGCAGAAUUGCUCCGUCGAGAUCGAGAGCUGUGAGUUC